GCCCCCCAUUCAUUCACACAUUCGGCUUCACUGUUCCAAGUUUUUCUCCAGUCAGUUUGGACUUUCUGUUCCCCGAAUCCUCAGAAACUAAACCAGCUUCUGGACUGUUUCUCCCCCCACUCAGCAGCUUUUGCUUUUACGCACGAGAGGAGCAUGAGCUUUUCCAAGGGGUGACUUGAUUCCCUUCACAUUUACAACAUCAGCCCUUAAAAAUGGCAAAACCUUUGGAUCACAUCAAGAGGCCCAUGAACGCCUUCAUGGUUUGGUCCAGAGGGCAGAGGAGGCGGAUGGCCCGGGAGAACCCCAAGAUGCACAACUCUGAAAUCAGCAAGCGGCUGGGCGCGGAGUGGAAGCGGCUCUCUGACCCGGAGAAGCGGCCGUACAUCGACGAGGCGAAGCGGCUGCGGGCUCAGCACAUGAAGGAGCAUCCGGACUACAAGUACCGACCCCGGCGCAAACCCCGGAGCCCCCUGAAGAGGGACCGCUUGGUUUUCCCGCUGCCGUCUUUGCUCGGCGACGCAGCGGAACACCUGAAAGCGGUUAACCUGGACUCUUUGAUCGUUUCCGGGGACAAGCCCAGAACUCUGCUCUCCCCCUCCUCUUCCUCCCCCUCUUCGUUCUCGCUCUGCGAGCCUGUCACGCAGUUCAGCACCGGAGCUGUCCAGCGGAUUGCGGAGAUGCCGCACGCUCUGGCCGCAGGCGCGCUGCCCUACGGCGCGCACGCCUUCGGCUACCAGGGCGCAGGGCUCGGGGGGCUGGCGAGCCCCGGACAGCACCAGCCUCCGUCCGGCCCAGCCGGGUACGUGGUUCCCUGCAGCUGCAGCGCCUGGUCCGCAGCCUCCCUGCACCCUCAGGUGGCGUACAUUCUGCUCCCAGGAGGGAUGAGCAAGGGUGCCAUGGACUCGUCAUACGCUCCAUCAAACUCCCCCAGCAUGUGA